AUGGGGAACACUAUGAGCUGCUUCGAGAGGUGGGGGAAACGUACCCCAGAUGGCCCACUUCUACAAAUAAAGCAAAACACCCUGGGCUAUCCGAGCGGCAUUAUUGAAGCCACUUCGAGCGCGUCGACAGCUUCUACUCAGUCGACAACAGCGGGAACAACGAGUCCAACUCCAGCGCCAGGAAGCGCGUUCGCCACCACAGUGGCUGUGGAACGCCCCUCGCGACGGCGUCAGACGUAUAGCUCGAAAUCGAGGAAGAGUGACACAGAAAUUUCAAGCAUGGAAGAAUUGUCUGAUGAGACGGAGUCGGAGGACAACGACGCGGUCAGUGCGAGCGACAUCCGUAUGAAAAAGGUCAUGCAGUACAGGCGUGCGCUCACGAAGGUGGUCAAGCUGAAAACGCAUCUCUUUUCCGAGACAGUGAAGGUGACGUGCAGCAAAGAUGGAGAACAGAUCCAGUGGUUCAAGGGCAAAUCUGCUAGCGGACCGCAAGACAGAAAAAAACCCUCUGGAUUCUUCCCGGUGGACAAGAUUACGUCCGUCAAAUCUCAAGCUGACAACACGAAGGCGCUGGUGAUCACCGUCAAUAACCCACAGCCGUCGACGUAUAACUUCACCUUCAAGACCCCGUCCGAGCGUGAGAGCUGGCAAGAUCAGGUCCAGUCCCUGAUGAAGUUCAUGGCGAUGAAAUAA